AUGAAAGUCUUUAAAAUUUCCAAAACUCUGAAUUUUCAGAGUAAUAACAUAUUUAGCAAAUUAAAUAAAUGUAGCGAAACAUCAUGCUUUAAAAAUAAUUUGAAAAAUAAUUUGAAAAAUAAAUAUGCAUCCGUUGUAAGUAGUAAUGAGCAUCUUUUCAAUAAAAGCGUGUGCUAUAAUAAUCAUAAAUUUAGUAGUAGAGCAGAUAAAAAUCAAGUGGCUGAGACGGCAAGUAAUGAAAUAAAAGCGAGGGUAUCUGAAUGUUCAGAAAAUUUUAAAAACGACGCCAAAAAUGACGCCAAAAAUAGUGUCCAAAAUUGUGCUCCAAAUUGUGCUCCAAAUUGUGCUCAAAAUGGUGCUCAAAAUGGUGCUCAAAAUGACGCCAAACAGAGUGGCGACUUCGAGUUUAGUGAUAAUAAACAAAUCGAAUUAAUUGCCAAUUUUAUGAGCAAAGAAAAAGAAAAAAAAAUGAAUCGUUUCUAUUUAGAUAGCCAAGCAACAACAAUGAUCGAUCCAAGAGUUUUAGAUAAAAUGAUGCCUUAUAUGACAUACAUAUAUGGUAAUGCUCAUUCUCGGAAUCAUUUUUUUGGUUGGGAAUCAGAGCAAGCAGUAGAAGAUGCAAGAGCUAAUCUUAUAAAACUAUUAAAUGGUAAUAAUAAUAAAGAAAUAAUUUUUACAUCUGGAGCAACUGAAAGUAAUAAUUUAGCUUUAAUAGGAACUUGUACUUAUUAUAAUAAAUUAAAUAAUAAAAAAAAUCAUAUAAUUACAUCACAAAUUGAACAUAAAUGUAUAUUACAAACUUGUAGAUAUUUACAAACAAAAGGUUUUGAAGUAACAUAUUUAAAACCAGAUGCAAAUGGUUUAAUUAAAUUAGAAGAUUUAAAAAAUAGUAUAAAAGAAAAUACUAUAUUAGCAUCUUUUAUAUAUGUAAAUAAUGAAAUAGGUGUUAUACAAGAUAUUGAAAAUAUUGGAAAAAUUUGUAAAGAAAAUAAAAUUAUAUUUCAUACUGAUGCAUCUCAAGCAGUUGGAAAAAUAAAAAUAGAUGUACAAAAAUUAAAUAUAGAUUUAUUAUCAUUAUCAAGUCAUAAAUUAUAUGGACCUAAAGGUGUUGGUGCAUUAUAUAUUAAAAGAAAAAAACCAAACAUAAGAUUAAAUGCGAUAAUUCAUGGGGGGGGUCAAGAAAGAGGUUUACGAUCUGGAACAUUACCAACACAUCUAAUUGUUGGGUUAGGUGAAGCAGCAAAUAUAUGUUUAUCAGAAAUGGAUAGAGAUAAUAAAAAAAUGAAUUUCUUUUUUAAUUAUGUUAAAAAUUAUAUAUCAAAAGAAUUAGAUUAUAUUAUAUUUAAUGGAUGCCAAAUAAAUAGAUAUUUUGGAAAUAUGAAUAUAUCCUUUUUGUUUGUUGAAGGAGAAAGUUUAUUAAUGUCACUAAAUGAUAUAGCAUUAAGUUCAGGUUCAGCAUGUACAUCUAGUACAUUAGAACCCAGUUAUGUUCUAAGAUCUAUUGGAAUCACAGAAGAAAUUGCUCACACAUCUAUACGAAUUGGUUUUAAUCGAUUUACAACAUUUUUUGAAGUACAACAGUUAUGUAAAAAUUUAGUCAAAUCUGUUAAAAGAUUAAGAAGUAUAUCACCUUUAUAUGAAGCAGAAUUAGAAAAAAAUACAUCUGGAAAUUAUCCAAAAUUUAUAUGGACUUAA